AGCACUUAAUAAGCCUCUUCUUUACUCUUCUCCAGUCGACUAUCACUUUGAGUUUGCUCUUUUACGUCGUCUCUCUUUUUCUUUCUCUGACUUGUUCAUUAAACAAACACAUUAAUAUGGCCCCCCCCCUUCAUUCAUCUGCAAACAAAGAAUCCAAAAACUAAAACUUAAAAAAAGAAAAAACAACAACGUUGUAGACCACAUUUGACGACAACGUGGACUCCUGCACCUGCUGACGUGUAUUUGUCCAAUUAUUAUACACUAGUUAGUAGCUUAUAUAAAGCUAAUAAACAACUCCACUUACUCCAUAUCUUUCCUCUCUCUUGUACACUACAAAAGGCCACAUCUCUCCCCCUUAAUUUGUCAUUGUCUUCCCUCUCAGCUUAUCAUCAAUCCCUCUCUUUCACAUUUCUUCUACAACUACAUAAUCCACCCUCUUGAAAUUUCAAUUUCACAGAGCUGAGUUUUAGCAAAAAAAAAAAAAAACUAACACGAUGAAUAGUUGUGGUAGCGCUUAUUGUCAUGGGGGUCCAUGCACUUGCGGAUUGUAUUACGGUCAAAACAAUGACACUUCUGCAUACUCAAUGUUCUAUAGCCAAUAUCAUCAAAAAGAUGAAAAUUAUUUGGAAAACAUGUAUUCUUUCGCUAAUUCGUCUCCUUCAUCUUCUUCGUCUUCUGUGGAUUGUACUCUUUCUUUAGGCACACCUUCCACCCGCCUAAGUACCAAUGAGAAUGAAAAACGAGUUCAUGACACUCAUGAACGUCGCUCUUCUUCUUACAUGUCCAAAUGUUGGAAUAUUCUACAGAACAAAAAUCAUACGACUAAUAAGUCCAGUCGUGGCAGCAGCAAUGCUAACACUAAUUCAAGCGGGGCUGACCCCCUUGUUGCUCGCCGAUGUGCUAAUUGUGACACCACUUCCACACCUUUGUGGAGAAAUGGUCCUAGAGGCCCCAAGUCACUUUGCAAUGCCUGUGGAAUUCGUUACAAGAAAGAAGAGAGGAGAGCCAGUGCCGCCGCUGUGGCCACCGCUAACGGUGGUGGAAUGGACAGUUCACAACACAUGAUAAACGGGUCAUGGGUUCAUCAUUCACAAGCCCAGAAAAUGCCAUGUUACUCUUCAGCUUAUGGAAAUCAUGAAUUUAGGUUCACUGAAGAUGAUGAUCGUGAUUCUGAUUCUGCUAUUUCCUUCUGGCCUUUCCUAGCGUCUCAACAUUGCUGAUUAGUUAAGAAAGAAGAAAAGGAAGAGAUUAUCAUGAUGAUGGUUGAUGCAGCAUUCAUUUAAAGUUUUAAUAUUCAAGCAAAGGAAAAAAAGGAAAAGAGAAUUUUGCUUUUUUAAAUUCUUGUUUUGAUCGUUAUGAUAUAUAGUUAGGCACAUUUAACUUUGAAAUGUGCGCUUUUUGAUCUUUCUUAGUUAUGAAUCUUUAACAAAAUUAUUCAAUGCUAAACUAUUUAAUUAUUGAUGUGUUACCUUGGCAGUUUAAAUUUGAGAUUAAAUUAAAAUAUAAACGAUUUACUAAAAAUCGUCUAAUGUCU